ACAGAAUGCUUCCUGAAAGCGGGAACGCGCAAGUUACAUUAUUUAGUACUAGCGAAGAAAAAAAAUACUUUUUAAAAAAUUACAUUUUAUAUAUUUUCUCUCUACAUGACAGUUAUCGGUUGUGUUUGAUAAUAUUAACGCGAGUCAACGGCUAAGGUUUUCAGCGGCAGUGCGCGCUCCCGCGGCCGGAAUCCUCCGACGAUUGGUUGCGGUUCGCGGCGCAACACCCGCCUGUCAGACAGAACGCGGAACAGCGACACUCCUUCGGGGACGGACGCCGGCUGAGCGCUUUGGCGGUUGUUUUUCAGUUUGUCGUGAAGCCUAGCGGAAACCGAGCAAUGACGCGAAGCUCCCGCUGAAGAGUCGUCACGGUAAAGUUUCGCGCGGUCGGCCUCCUUUAAUUUCUACCCCCCCUCCCCUCCCCGGCGGCGGCGGGUAUCUCAAUGGCGGACCCGACGGUACCAGCUCCGGGGGGCGUGGAGGAAGAGCAGCCGGAUCCUCUGAACGACGCCGAGCUGGCGCUGAAAGGCAUCAACAUGCUGCUGAACAACGAAUUCCGGCGGAGCGACGAGCUCUUCAGGACUCACAGGAGUCGCAGUCCUCUGAUGAGUUUCGGGGCCAGUUUUGUGAGUUUUUUGAAUGCCAUGAUGACGUUUGAAGAGGAAAAAAUGCAGAUGGCCUUUCAAAGCCUCAAAGCUACAGAGAAGCUGUGCGAGAGCGCAAACAUCGGCGUGAUCGAAACCAUCAAGAGCAAAAUAAAGGGGAAUGUGGACGCUCAGAGGUCGGGGAUGGCUGUGGUCGAUCGACUCCAGAGGCAGGUCAUCAUCGCCGACUGCCAGGUUUACCUCGCAGUUCUGUCCUUCAUCAAACAAGAACUAUCAGGGUACAUCAAAGGAGGCUGGAUUCUGCGCAAAGCCUGGAAAAUGUACAACAAAUGCUACAACGACAUCACGCACCUGCAAGAAGGCAGCAGGAGGAGGGCGUCUGAGCAGCAGGAAAGGUCAACCUCGGAACCGUCCAACCGGAGCCCCUCCUCCUUACCCGGGCCGAGCGCAUCCCAAAAGCACGACGGGGUCUCUCCGGAGGCUCUGGACAGACUGAAGGGAUCUGUCAGCUUCGGGUACGGACUCUUCCACCUCUGCAUCUCCAUGGUGCCCCCGCACCUGCUGAAGAUCGUCAACCUGCUGGGCUUCCCCGGAGAUCGCCAGCAAGGCCUGUCAGCCCUCACGUUCGCCAGUGAAAGUAAGGACAUGAAGGCCCCUUUAGCUACCCUGGCUCUGCUGUGGUACCACACGGUCGUGCAGCCCUUCUUCGCUCUGGACGGCGCCGACACUCAGGCAGGUCUAACCGAAGCCAAAUCCAUUCUCCAACAGAAGGAGCCUCUGUAUCCCAACUCUUCCCUCUUCAUGUUUUUUAAAGGCCGAGUCCAGCGCCUGGAGUGCCAGAUCAGCAGUGCCUUGACGUCGUUCAGUUAUGCCUUAGAUCUGGCCUCUGAUCAGAGGGAGAUUCAGCACGUGUGCUUGUACGAAAUAGGUUGGUGUAGCAUGAUCGAGCUGAACUACGGAGAGGCUUACAGAGCAUUCGAGCGAUUGAAGACGGAAUCCCGCUGGUCCCAGUGCUACUACGCCUAUUUAACAGGAGCGUGCCAAGGAGCCACGGGCGACCUGGAGGGAGCUGUUGCUGUUUUCAAAGACGUUCAAAAACUUUUUAAGCGCAAAAAUAAUCAGAUCGAGCUGUUUUCUACGAAGAGGUCGGAGAAGCUGAGGAGCUCCAGUUUAUCCAAAGAGCUCUGCGUCCUGGCUGUCAUUGAGAUUCUGUACCUGUGGAAAGCUCUUCCCAACUGCUCCACUGCCAAGCUGCACGCCAUGACUGACGUUUUGCAGAUGAUUGACGACGUCUCAUGUUUGGGGCUGAAAAACCUGCUUCUUGGUGCCAUAAGCAAAUGUCUGCACAAUACCAAAGAAGCCAUUCAGUAUUUCCAUUUGGCUGCUACCGAUGAGGUGGGCGGUCUCAGUAACUCUUACGUGCAGCCAUACUCCUGCUAUGAACUGGCCUGUGUGCUGCUAAACUCCCCAGAGACUGCUGGGAAGGGACAAAUGCUAAUGCUGCAGGCAAAGGAAGACUACACCGGCUACGACUUCGAGAACAGACUUCACGUUCGCAUUCACUCCGCUCUCGCCUCCAUGAGAGCCGCCGCCCAGCCGUGAGGAGCACAACACAACGGGUCACACUAACGGGUUACUGUCUAUUUAUUUUAUUAAUAUUUGUAUAGUGAGUCUUAGAGCCAAAGCAUCACUUCAUCCUAACAGUUACUGAUACAAAUGUCACCAGAGAAUUUUUAAUCGUCUCUGAACAGCACAAGAAAAAUGUCUUGAUUGUAGAAGUUAAACUCAUAGAGCUGCUGUGGAUUAAAGAGUUCUUUUAAGGCAUCAAACCUUCUCCAGUCUGACAGUUCAUGAAAACAGUUUAUUUAGAGUUUAUACAGUCUUUGCUGAUCUAAUGGAAAGAAAGUUUAGUUUAAUAUUAAGUUAAAAAUGUGAAGAUUUUUACUUUGAUUUAUAAAUUUAAAGAACUAAUGUUUUUUUGUUAAACUUUAGGAUUUGCAGAAUAAACUUGUUAUUUUUUUCUAAAGGUGUUUUAUUUUAAUUGUUGAUGGGAAAGCAGCAAAUGUCUGUCUUUAUUAUUUUAUGGUCAAUAAAAUUGGUGGCAAAAGUUGGAUUUUUAUCUGAAGAAUUCAUGGAAUAAACUAUUCAAGUGAA